AUGGAUAGCGAGGAGGAAGCGACGAAACUGCAAUGGCCUGACGUGUUGGUCAUUGCCUCUUACUUCUUGAUCGUCCUGGCGGUGGGAGUGUGGGCGUCCAGGAGAUCCGCAGGUAACACCGCCAGCGGAUAUUUUCUCGCUUCAGUAACAUGGGCCUGGAUACCGGUUGGAGCUUCUAUAUUUGCUAGCAACAUGGAUCUGGCAAAUUUUAUUGGUUGGCCGGGGCUGGGGCGGCCUCGGGGAUUGCAGUGGGCGGGUACGAGCAAGGGGCAUAGUGAACAAGAGGUACAAAGAUAUAGACGCCAUCUAGCGAAAGUGCCUUACGUGUGUUCCCCUGCAUCAUACUUGCUCGUGGCCUUGGGAUGGCUCUUCGUCCCAGUAUACCUGAGCUCGGGCGUCUACACCAUGCCGGAUUAUCUGAAGCAGAGGUUCGGUGGAGACAGGAUCAGCGUCUACAUGUCCUGCCUCUCGCUCGCACUGGCGGUCUUCACCAAGAUCUCGGCCGACCUGUACGCCGGGGCGCUCUUCAUGCAGAUGUCUUUGAACAAGAGCUCCGAAGAAUGGCUGUACAUAAGCAUCCUGAUUCUGUUGGGAAUUGCUGCUCUCUUCACAGUGGCAGGCGGAUUGACGGCCGUCGUGUGGACCGACCUUGUUCAGACGGUGCUUAUGGUCCUUGGAGCCUUGGUCCUCAUGGUUAAAGCAUGGAAUAUCAGCAUGGCUCCAGUCCUGAGCGCUGUGGGUGGCUAUGAGGGUCUGGUGGAUAACUACCCGUACGCUACUGCUUCGGAACGAGCGAGGAACCACCUAAACGAAUCCUGUGGAGAACCGCCGAGUGACUUCAUGCACCUGCUCAGAACGCUUGAGCCUGGGAAGUCCAAUUACCCUUGGAUUGGCAUGACCCUGGGAUUGGGCAUCUCGAGCUUUGGUACUGGUGCAUGGACCAGAUAUAAUGCUGACGUUUACGUCGAUUCCAGUCUAAAUAUACUGAAGAUGUUUUUGAAUGGUCCGGAGCUCUGCGGCGCAGGUGCACUGUUUCGAGAGAGGAAACAGGUUUCGUGUAAUCCAACACAGGCAUCUUGGCGCUAG